AUGAAGCUUUUCGCAUUGCUGAUCGUCUGUGUGGCGGCUGCCACUGCUCUUCCUCUUGAGGAGGAGGUCGGUGAGGAACAUAUGCCCUACGAGGAGGAAGGUCUAGAGCACAUCCCGAACGAGGAAGAGGGAUUCGAGCAGAACUGGCAGCUUGUGCCCGAUGGUGAUGGUCGCCUGCAUCUCGUCAACACCGAUCCGUUCAACCUGGGCAGCCAGGAUGAGCCGGCGCCUUUGUUUAAUCCGGAUGCCGAUACCAUCUUCAUGCUGUUCACGCGUAACAACCGCAACAAUGGACAUCGCAUCACUCCCGGUAAUGCUGGCACUCUUGGCCCACACUGGAACGGUGGCCGUCAGACCCGUUUCAUUAUUCACGGUUGGAACAACAACGGAGGAUCGGAGGUUAAUGUUGCUGUCCGCAAUGCAUACCUCGAUCGGGCUGAUGUCAACGUGAUCGUUGUUGACUGGGGUGGCGGUGCACAGAACCCGAACUACGUGACGUCCCGCAAUCACAUCAACGGUGUCGGUGCUGCCGUGGCUCGUUUCGUCGACUUCUUGAACCAGAGCGGUGGCAUGUCCUUCAACAAUGUCUACGUUGCUGGACACAGUCUCGGAGGUCAUACGGCCGGUAUUGUUGGCAAGCGUGUGACCCGUGGUCGUCUGAACACGGUUAUCGCUUUGGAUCCUGCCCUGCCGCUCUUCUCCAUCAACGAUCCUGGCAACCGUGUGGCGUCGGGAGAUGCCAACUACGUGGAGGUUAUCCACACGAACGGAGGACUGCUCGGUUUCGAUCUGCCCCUCGGUCAUGCUGAUUUCUACCCCAAUGGAGGUCGCAGCCAGCCCGGAUGUGGAGUUGAUCUCGCAGGUACCUGUGCCCACAGCCGUGCUCAUCAAUUCUUCGCCGAAUCGGUACGUCCAGCGCAGAGUGGCUUCAACUCUGUCCGUUGCGCGAACUACGAUCAGAUCCUGAACAACAACUGCGUGUCGUCGGGAGCUAACGCUCGUAUGGGUGGCGAGCCUUCCAACGUUGGUCGUGGUGUGAAUGGAGUGUAUUUCCUUACCACCAAUGCCGGCAGUCCGUUUGCACGAGGUUAA